AUGCGUUCGUUCGUCGUUGCUCUUACUUUCGUCGCGUCCGCGCUCGCCUACGCCGUCACCGAGCCGAGUGGCAGCCAGGGCUGGACAACCGCUGGCCCUAACGUUCUCUCGUGGAGUACGGUCUCCACGGAUGCGACCAAUUUCACUGCUGUCCUUACCAAUGAGGACCGUAGUAUAAUGCCCCAGAACAACCAGAUUCUCGAUGCGCUCGUCCAGGGCAGCUCAAAGUCCAUCAACGUGAACCCUCCAAGCGGCGGAUUCCCCGUCGGCAAGGGUUUCCGCGUGAACUUGGUCAAGGACACGGAUGACUUGAGCACUAUCUAUGCCCAGUCUGACGAAUUUUCGAUUGUGCAAAGCAGCAGCACUCUCAGUUCUACUACCACAGCACAGCUGUCGUCCGCUUCUGGCGUGGCGGCUUCUACCACCGGGUAA